UCUGCCUUUCAUCGAGCAUUUAUCUGUUUGGAUUGUUGUCGUUUUGGCUCCUAAGCCUGUCAGAUUCCUUGGAAGUCCGUGUGGAUUGUGAAUAAAGGAACCUGGAACUCGAUGGCGGUCAACCUGAGCAAGAACGGUCGCGUGCUGUCCGACACAUAUAACGAUGUGCUGAAUGGCAAAUCAGAUACAAACUGGGCUCUGUUCACCUAUGAAGGCAACAGUAAUGACAUUCGACUGGCAGAUAAAGGCGACUGGUGAAGGUGUGAAGGACUCACGGAAAGGAAUGUGUGCAAAUCAUUUGAGCUCCAUAGCAGGUUUUCUCAAGGGAGCCCAUGUAACUAUAAACGCUCGCUCGGAGGAAGACGUGGAGCCAGAAACCAUCUUGGCAAAAGUGGCCAAAGCGUCUGGAGCCGACUUCAACUUUCACAAACAAACACCUUACAUAGAGCCGCCCAAAGGACCUGUGGGCUCUGUGUAUCAAAAGGUCAAUGCAGUGAAGGAAAUUCAACAAGUCAACAAGGACGACUUCUGGGUCCAGGCUCAGAUUGCUGAAGAAGUGCGUCUGAAGGAGGAGAACAAGAGAGCAGAGCAGGAGAAAGAGAAACGGGAGAGGGAGAGGAGGGAGCUGGAUGACAAACAGGCCAAGGAGAGGGAGAGGUUAGCAAAGGAGAGAGCUCAGCAGAUCGAACAGGAGAAGGUGCUUCAGAAAAAGAGGGAGGAGGAGACAAGAGAAAGGGAGCAACGGCAACAGAACCAGCAGGACAACAUGAGCAAGAUAUCAGGAAUCAGCUCUGCUGCUUCUGUGCAAAAAGCUAAUGAAGCAAAGUCUCUGAUUUCACAGAGAUCAUUCAAUCCCAGAGAUAUAUUUAAGCAGAGGGAGCAGAGCAUGGAGAGCUCCAACAGCAGUUCCCCUACUGCAUUCAGACCUGGGAAGCUGCAGAGUUCGUUUCUGUCUCAGCAGUCAUUUGAGAGAGAAAUCCCGGUGAAACCUCAGAGUACGGCGUCAUCUCCUGCUGCCAAUCCAUUCUUCACGAGACAGUCUACGGUCUUACCUGUCUCCCAGUCUCCGGUCUUACCUGUCUCCCAGUCUCCGGUCUUACCUGUCUCCCAGUCUCCGGUCUUACCUGUCUCCCAGUCUGAGUUGAGGAAGAGGAGUGGUCAGAUGAGUUUGAGAAUGAUGAAGACGUAUCCACUCCAGGAUCGUCUCCAGUGCAGUACGAUGUGUACAGGAUGCACAAUACACUUGAGAACAGAGACGAGCACCUUUAUGAGGACACACACGAGGUUAAAAGCAAUGUGCGGGACAGUGGACAGGGGACGUGUGCCAAAGCCCUUUAUGAUUACCAGGCUGCGGAUGAUACGGAGAUCACCUUUGACCCUGAUGACAUCAUAACUCAGAUAGAAAUGCUCGAUGAAGGCUGGUGGAGAGGGUAUGGACCUGACGGACAGUAUGGCUUGUUCCCUGCCAAUUAUGUGGAGCUCAUCUAAUGUUAUCAGCUGUUUGCAUGUAGAAUGAUUAAGAUGGUGAAAAUAUACAUUUACUGGUUUUUGUAGUUUGAUUAAAAUCACUUUGAACAAUAAAACAUUUAAAACUAAUUCAAAUCCUGUUCAUGACAUGACAUUUGCAAUGGACACAAAAUAAAUUGGUGGCCACCCUCAUGA